CGGUAGGGGGCGGUAAAAGAAGACGCGGACUUGCGCCCCUUCGAAGGGUGUUGGUGGGCGUUGGGUGGUGGUGGGCGUUGGGUGGUGGUGUUGGGUGAUGGUACGGGAUGGCGCGAGCUUAAUUGCACCGCAUCACAGAACGUAGUAUUUCGUAGUACGUCGUUGCCCGCGCGACUCUUUGCCCCGUUUCACGAAGAUCGAUUUACAUACCUAUCUUGCACCAAUACUACGUUACACGUAUUACGCGUUGUGGCUGUUUCCUAGCGUAAAUGAUUACAAGAUAUCUAGAUCCAAAUAAAUGAAUCAAAAUGGAUUUUACUAUCAAUCAUUUUCAUACGAAAAUAAUAGCGUCGAUCGAGAAUAGCGGAAUCGAUUUGGGACGUGGCUUACGAAUGUUUCUAGUAUAUAUCGUUGCUAAGGCUUGCUGCUAAUGCUCGCCUACCAGCCCUUGUUGCUUCGAAGCUUUAGCGUCGAAGAGGUUACGAAUGAAAGGAAGGAAUUGAAAAAGGUGUGAAAGCCGUCUGGCAUUUAUUCAAAUUCCACCCAAUCACGUCGUCGUCGUCGUCGUCGUCGUCGUAGAACUGCCAUUUUAUUUUAUGUCAUAAAUUUACCUGUUGUGUUAAUACGAACGAACAAUGUUAUCGUCUUCCGCAAUAAUUACUUUGUCUAUGAAACAUAAAAUUAAUUGCAAACUUCUAAGAAAAGGUAAUAGAAUUGAUUGGUCUCUCUUAGAAAUGUUGGAUUUUUCGAUAGAGAUCGAUUCUUAGAUAGAUAAAAACAGGAGCAUUUUAUUUAGCAAUUCUCGGUGGUUGUAGUAGUUGGAUCAAUUUCCUAAAGCGUAAUUUCAAUCAUAAGAGAUUUAUACCGAGCUGUUUACAAAGGCGAUCAAUUAUCUCUAGCACGGUUCUCUAGCACGGUUCUCUAGCACGGUCCUUUAACAAAGCUUUCUGGCACAUCUCCUGGUGAGUCCUUAUUAACGGCAAACCCCCGAGCGGUCUUUUGCAAUCAACGCGCAACAAAUGACCUCUGAUUGCGAUUCUCCUUUUCGAGGGAGGAAAUAAAAGAGAGAGAGAGAGACGUCGACCCGUUAGAAAGGUUGAGACACUCGAGAAAAAAACAGAGAAAAGAUUAGAAAUAUACGACUGGAUCGGAGGAAGGAUUUAAAGACUCAAGUUUGGAUUUAAUACUCGCAUCUAAAAGGAGGAGUAUCAUCGAGGAAGUCCUUGCUCUAUAAAAGGAAAUAUCGAGUCUAUUCGAAUGGAUCGAAGGAAUCAAUCGAACAGCUAGGAAAAGGAAUUUACGCGUCGAAUCCUUGGGUAGACGGGGAGACGCGUGCUGGGCACGUAACGUAGAUGCUAGCUAGGUAGAGUUUAAGCCUUUGGACAAGGAGGAAGACACGAAGGGAUUAUUGCGUGGAACGAAAGGAUACAAAGAGACGACGAUGUAAGGGCGAAAGGGACGGGUCGCCGGUGGUGGGGUCAAGUGAAAAGGCCACGAGUCGGCGUACGUAGUACCUUGCUAUAUGUAUACGCUAGUAUGCCUCGUUCCAAUGGAAUUGGUGCGAGAAAAGGGCGAGAAAAGGGGCGAGUUGGGUUGGUCGUUGCGUUCCCUCUCUUCGUUUCCUCGUCCUCGUCCUCGUCCUCGUCUUCGUCUUCGUCUAUGUCUACGUCGUCUAUGUCUACGUCGUCGCCCUCACUCUCGUCCGUUGUCCACCACGUCCCGCGAUAAAGGAACCGCGUACGCCGGCGUCGGCAUGCGCAUUUGCGAUAUCCAACAUGUCCGUCUAGGUGAGUGACUAGAGUCGGUAUAGGGGGUAGUCGUGCUUACGCGGCGCGGCGUGUUGCACAGGGUUUGCUCGAAUCGUCAUUUCCACCCUCGUCUAAAGUGCUUUUUCUUCGCCUCCGCCUCUGCCUCCGCCUCUGCCACCGCCUUUGCCUAGCCGCCGUGCGUUGCUUUUUCACAUCUAUUCCUCCCAUUAAUCUCGACGAAUAUCAUGGACUUUGGCGAAAUAGGCAAUAUAGAGAUAGGAUCUUAUAAAUCGGCUGGUGCCCCUAAACGUGAUAGAAAGAAAAAAAGAGAGGGAGAGGAGGGUAGUGUUCACCGGCUACACGGUUAAAUUGUGAAGACGAGAAGGAAGAUAGAGCGAGGGCAAGAGGAAGGGCAAGAGGAAGGGAUAUAGAUAGAUAGAGGGAGGGGGAGAGAGAGAGAGAGGGAGGGCUGGGCGAACGGGUGGGAAAGAAGGAGAGAGAGUACUCGAGGCAGGCGGGCGUAUUGAUUCCCGCGUGGCGUUAUACGGCGAGGUGAGAAAGCUGCAAGCGGAAGAUUCCUCCUGGUUCCUUCGCCGGCAAGGAGAAACGGGAAGGAGAAACGGCAAGGAGAAACGGCAAGGAGAAACGGCAAGGAGAAACGGCAAGAAGAAAGGAAAAAGAGACAAAAGGAUCUCCUAAUUGCAAUCAACCGAGUGGCCCGGCUAAUUAUUGCAGUCGGGGCGGCCCCCGACUUUUUUUCACGAGAUUCUCCGAAAGGAGAAGAAAGAUCUUAACACGUGGACCAGAAUGAGAGAAUCUGUGAAACACUGGUCGUGCAGCGAUACUUUGGUCCUUCACGCGAGAAAUGCUUUUUAGAAGGAAGAGGGCAUGACGCACCGAACUCAUGCAGUGGCGAAAACACGUGCGCAUCAAGUACGGUGGUCGAGUCGGUGUCGGUCAAGGACAGCAGGAUCGGGAUCAGGUGCAGCUGCAGGUGCGCGUGGUGCAGCUGCAGCGGGAAGGGGGCGCACGACUCAGCUACGUCUGUCAUCAGCCUCAACUCUCCUCUACGGCUCACCGCGAUUGCAGUGCAGCAGCCAUGCUCUGCUGCGGCCGGAGAAAAGAGGGUCGAGUGGAAGUGACAGACAUAAGCGCAAGUCCUGGGAGACAGGCUCCUACCAACCAGUUGCGCCCCAAGGAACCACCAUCUUUAGUCAUCCAGGGAGAUUUCCGAAAAAUAAGUGGGAUAAGUUCGGAAAUCUUCAAGCAGAUCGAAACGGUCGAGAACGAUCAUGACGCUUCGACAGCAGCGGCCCUCGAAGCUGUGGAACGACGGGGUGACAUGGUCGUUCGCGUCAUCGAACCCCGACAAAUGGGCAGACAAGCGUCUGAGGCGGCCAAGAAAUUUAUCGCGAUGCAGGAUCCUAAACAUCCCAUCUAUUUUGUUGAGAUAAUUAAAAGGCCGGGUCAAACGCUUGGCUUAUAUAUACGCGAAGGUAAUGGCAUGGACAGAAGUGACGGCGUCUUCAUCUCCAGGAUAGCAUUGGAAACAGCGGUCUAUAACAGCGGCUGCUUGAAGGUGGGCGACGAAAUCCUCGCGGUUAAUUUAGUGGACGUGACGCAUAUGAGCCUAGACGACGUCGUUAUCAUUAUGUCGAUACCAAGGAGGCUCGUUCUGUCGACCCGACACGGUCCGCAUCAAGCCGUUUCUCAUAGUCGUCAAGUGGAGCACAAAGCACCACCGGUGGUAGUGAUCAAGAGGGAAUUGAACGAAGACGAGAGCGAUCAUGCUACCAGCAAUCACGUCAGAGAUAGCAGUCGCAGGCGAGGCGACGGACGGGAAAUGUUGCCCUCUCGGUCGCGAUUAGGUCUAACUGGUUUAGGAUCGAGUCAAGAUUUGGGUUCCAGUAACGGCGAUCUUUAUUACAAUUCGAGACCGGAAGGUCAUUGGUCUUAUCAACCACCACCUCCGCCGGUUAUCACGCAUCAACCAAAGCCUGCCACCGCACAACACUUUCAACCUUACGAGCGUGGAUAUCCAAAGACUUUGGAAAGUCUAGCCGAGAAAGAUUUUACGAAGGUACACUCCUUCUAUACCGGGCCAGUAAUGCCCUCGAACGACGGCCGUCGAAUGUCCACUGGUGGCGGAAUGCAAUCGGUAGCUGGAAGAUUGUCCGGUCAAGCCCAGUCGUCUCAUUAUGGUUAUUCUCAGCACACCGGAAGUGGAAGGAUGAUUCCCAGAAGUGGUUCGGAUCAACAUUUGCCACGCGUCGAUUACGCGAGCAUAACGAUGCCAGCUCGUCAUACUCUUCUCAGGUCGAGUUUAAAAUCAGGAACAUCGGCAUUGCGAUAUAACACUAGAUACGGAACGCAAGCUGACACACCGUCGAUCACACCGAGACGAAAUCCAGUUGGUACUCUAACCAGGAGGCACAGACCAUCUUUGGAUUAUGCUUCCGACACCGAGGCUACCUGUUCGAGUUCACCGAAAUCUGCCUACUAUUAUUAUAGACAUAACAUGAAUAAUCCACCAUCCAGCAGUGCCGUAUCGCAUCUUGCUACGCUUUCAAGAUCGCAAAUUGGUCAGGGUAUGGCGGGAUUAAGAUCAAACUCUUUACCUCGAAGUGGUAGAACGUUGCCGCAACAGCCAGGUAUAAGGUCAGGUCUCAGUACUGUAGCAUCGGGAUUGAUAGAUCAGGAAGACAGCGACGGUGCUUUAUCGGCUCCAGAAUUGCCUUCGAUUAGACGGGAUAGGGGUAGGAUACCAUCGUCGCCUAGCGUAUUCACUUCCGACGAAUAUCGAGCCUGGCUGAGCAGAACGCCUAGCACGAGUGCACUGUACGAACAAAUCAGAGCAACCACGAACCGACCACCGCGUUAUACCUAUAGCGCCGAAAAUAUUCACGCAGCUGCCAAUCAAGCCGAUUAUGGUAGUUACGGAGCGUACAGGCCACUUUCGAGUACGUUGGAUCGACUCUCGACGAGAUCCGCAUCGGCGCAACAAGUUAAUUUAGCAAAUUUAAGAGCAUCGACGGCGAUUAGCUCGACGUGUCAUCGGGGGGGUACAAGCAAUCCUAGGCCGGCAUCGGUGGCUACAAGCGCACGUACCUCCUUGACCAGUCAAAAGCCGUCGUUAGGAAGCUCCGCGAGUCAAAGAGCUACGUCUGUUAGAAGAAUUAGAAACUUAUUAGACCUCGAAUCAACGAGAAGUAUACCGACCCCCACACCUACCAGAACUCAGGAUCAAAGACUGCUAGAUAUUAAUCCUGCAGAGUUCCUCAAGUAUAAGAUAGAAAAGCCACCGACGGUGGGUACUCCGAGCUCGACCAGUUCCCUUUUGAGUUCGCUCGGAGAAACCAGCGGUGGUGAUCUGGCAGGUGGGGUCAGUGGAUUGCUCUGGGUACACCUAUUGGCAGGCCGUGGGCUUCGUUCGACUACAACCUCCUCGGCAGCAACUACACCCUCGACGCCAUCGGGUCAGCCUAAUUUAGCUAGUUGUGGCCUGAGAGACUUAUAUUGCGUACUGGAAUGCGACAGAGUACACAAAGCACGAACCGUCGUAAGAACGGGUGAUUUGAUGUUCGAUUGGGACGAAACCUUCGAGCUGGAUCUCGUAGGAAAUCGGCAGCUGGAUCUGCUCGUUUAUUCUUGGGACCCACAAUACCGGCACAAACUCUGUUACAAAGGAUCCGUACACUUGGCGACUCUGCUGAAAGAAGCGGCGGUCCAUCAGUUGGCCGUUAAAGUCGAACCUCGAGGUACAAUCUAUUUAAGACUGCGAUAUACCGAUGCUCAGCAAACCUUUAGGCGCAGGGGAUUACCAGUUAUAUCCCUUGCUACUCGUGUAGCGCCCUUGUUCGGAGUUGAUCUCGAUACCGUUGUUAGUCGAGAGUCAAAGACUGGAGGAGUUCCUGGUGGUGUUUCCACGGCACUAGCAAUGGGAGUUCCAAAUGUACCAAUAAUUGUUUGGCGAUGCGUCGAGGAAGUCGAAAGGAGAGGCCUCGAUAUUAUAGGUUUAUACAGACUUUGCGGGUCGGCAAGUAAAAAGAGAAUAUUAAGAGAAGCCUUUGAACGAAAUGCACGAUCGGUCAAUCUGUCACCUGACAAUGUACCAGAUAUAAACGUUAUUACCGGUGUAUUGAAAGAUUACUUACGAGAACUUCCGGAACCGUUAUUUACUAAAUGUCUUUAUCAAAUGAUGGUUGAUGCGUUGGCCGUUUGUUUGCCCGACGAUCCGCAAGGCAACGCUAAGCUUAUGUUCAGUAUAUUGGAUUGCUUACCUAAAGUUAACAGAUGUACUUUAAUUUACUUGUUGGACCACUUGGCAAUGGUCGUUUCUCAAUGUAACAAAAUGUCACCAGCAAGUUUGGCUGUCUGUUUUGGACCAGUACUUAUGUUACACUCCGAAGAAAGUAGUCCACCGUUAGAUUUCCAACAGCCGAUUGCCGUAUUGAAAUAUCUUUUGGAAAUAUGGCCAAUUAAGUCAGUUCGGAAGACUUCUUCAGUCGGUUCAGCGCUUCCUCGAGUUACGCCAGCAAUCGAGCACAGCAACAAUCAGCAACAAGUGGAACAACAUCAUCAUCAACAGCAGCAGCAGCAGCAGGUUCAGCAACAGGUACAGGGAACAUUGGGACGAACAGGGCUGCUUUGGCAGCAGCUACCCUCACUUCAUCGUCCACCCCAAACUACAACAGCCGAAGCCCUCGCACCCUCCAUUCGUCCUCCUCCACCGCCACCAAUCAAGCCUCGACAGGUGAUAGUCUCGUCUCCCGGUUCACCUAGCAGCGAGGACUCGGAAGCCUCGCCGGAGCCGAUUGACAAGAACCUUCUGGGGGGUUUGGGAUUUGAGAAGGUCGGAGAAGCGACAACCGGAGAACCGAAAGCCGGAGAACCGAGAGCCGGAGAACCGAGAGCCGGAGAACCGAGAGCCGGAGAACCGACAACCGGAGAAACGACAACCGGUCCCGCGAACGAACAGAUCACGCCUGCGAGCAGCCUCGACACGGAAGAAGGCCAUAUCGGAGAAGAGCCCGAAAAAGAUGUCGAAGGAGACGUCGAGGCAAGCGACGACGAUCGUCAGCACCAACAACAAUUACUACUACUACUUCCCGAAACGACGAGCCAAUAAUUGUGGCUUCAAGAGGAGGUGUGGCGCACAGUGAGUAAAAAGAAUCAAUGCGAUAGAGAGAGAGAAAGAAUAAAAGAGUCAUGCUUCUUAUGAUAGACUACAAAUACAAAUUGAAAUAAAAGAACACCGUGGCGAUCUUUUCUGGGCUUUCGAUUGUGGGCUUUCGAUUCGCGAGUCGACGACGGUUUCGACGAUCGUCUUUCCCUCGUCGAUGGUCUCUUCAACCGAUUCGCGAUCGCACGUUGCCUAACAAAUAUCCAUCCUCUUUCCCUUGAAUCUACUUUUCGUUUGUAGCUUCGUAACGACUCUAAGUAAAUGCAAUUUGUUACACGCGUUCAAUAUAAUAAGAUCAAAUCAUUUGAAAGAAUGAAAAAGACACGUGCGAUAUUAGAAUCGAUUUACGAGUUAGCGUAGAAUCCUAUGAUAAAAUAAGAAAUUAUUCGGUACACUGCGCAAUGCGUACCAACGUCAUAAUUACAAUGGACGUCGAUAUUGAUUGGACGAGUUAUCAUUUCUCACCGGAUAUUUCUGAAUAUUUCUAUUAUUUCAUAUUUAUAAGUAUUAUGAGUUGAGAUCGAGAUAGGAUACCCGACGACGAAUUAGACGAUCGUCAAAGCAAUUUGA